AUUUUUAAAAUUCUUGAUCUAACAGUUCAAAACAUCCGGAAGAAAAAGUGAAUUAAACUAGCUAAAAUGAAGAUUUAUACGUUUGAAAAGUCAUUUCAGCAGAGAUUAAAUGAAUUCUCACUCGUUCUCGAUGAAUCUGUUUGUGGAUCAAUCAAGAGUAUGUGGCGAGACUUUCUUGAAACUUCAGUUGAAGGUGCUGGCUAUAAAGCAGUAUGGAAAAUCUCAAAAGGAAUGUGUGAAAUGCUCAACAUCUCAUUCCCAGCUGAAGUUUUUGGAGAAAUUAAAAAUACAGACUUUGACGACCUUACAGUUGACUUCCUGAUUGAGCAAGUUCAAGAUGAUAACAUCCAGUUGCCAGAAGUUUGUCAAGUUCCAAUUGAGGAUGUUUUUCCAACUAUAUAUCAAGAAAAUGACUGUUUAAAUGUUGAAAUCACUGCUGACCAUAUCGAUGGAUAUCGAUUCUUUUAUAAUUACAUAUUCCUACCUUUUGAUGCUGACGAUGAUAAGACCUGGAUGACAAAGAAUUUAGAAUCUCGAGUUAAACUGUUUUAUGACCUGAAAAAUAAGAAAUUGAGUAAAGGAAUCUCCUCAUAUAUAAGACAGAUAAUAGAGGAAGUAAAGUACAUCCAGUUCAGGAGCGACAUAUUGUCUAAUUCAAUUGAGGAUAAUGACACGUCUAUAGACGAAAUGAAAGAGUCAUCUAAACAAACAAUCGCUAAAUUGCUAGACUUUGAUUUGAGAAUGAACAAAAUUAAGCACGAAAUUGGGAUCCUUGUAAAUUCUGAAAUGCGAGAAGCUUAUGAAACAGUUAAGUUUGGACAAAAGCAAGAAUUAAAUAAGCAGACAUUUGUGAUAUCAAAGAACGGAACAAUCAAUGAACAAAUGCAGCUUUUAGAGAAACUCAAAGAUAAAGUUUCAUCAGACACGCCAAUAACUUGGAUGAAGAAUCUCUGCGAUGCAAUUUCAUGCUCAACUAUUGAUACUGAAAUUUAUAUUCCACAAGGCCGUUACUCAUUCAACUUUCUUGACUAUUUAAAUAACAAUUUACUAUUCUGUGGCGUUGAAAAAUUGGAACAGCAUUUAAAUCACAUCGAUAAUGACAAUGAUUACUCGACAUUAUGCUCAGCCGAUAAAGCAGCUAUGCUAUUUGUUAUAGAUGGAGAUAUGAAGUUUGAAAACUUAAUUAUCGAUUGCAGGAACGUUAAAACUGGAUUUCUCGUAAAAACUGGAUCUGUCGUACUGAAAAACUGCUUAAUUCUUGGACUUGAAUCAAAAGAGUCGACAAUAUCUGAAGGAUUAAACAUUUCUGGUGAUAGUUCUGUAGUUUUUGAAAACUGUGUGAUUAAACACUUUGCAACAGCUUUAAACGUUGAUGACAUGACAAAAAUUGAGUUUAAUAACAGUCGAAUUGAGAACUGCAAUCUUGGAAUAGACAUACUUGGCGAUAAUGUAAAAAUCGACUUUAAAGACUCAUCAAUUAUUGAUUUUGCUACCUAUGGAAUCUUGCGGUACUCUGGAAAGUUCGAAAAGGAUUUCCAAAAGGUUCUGGACGUCAAUAAUAUCGAUGAUUUAAAAAGCUUCAAUCUGAAUUUCACUGGUGAUAACAAAUUUAACGGUGAUACAAGCAAUAUGAUUAAGGUGAUAUCAAAACUGGCUGAAGAUGAGUUAUGUGAAGUAAGCGAUGGAGAAGCCAUGGAAAGUUAAUUAACAUAUUUCAAGAUUUAUGCUGUAAAUUCCUUAUCCGUUUUAUUAUAUUUUUUGAGUAAAGGUAUUAAGUUUUUAAGAAAUAAAGGAAACGAUAAUUAAUUUGAGACGUAUUUAACUUCAUCGAAAGCCUUUCGAGCUUUUUUCAGCUCUUCGUUCAUUGU